AUGAGUUUUAAUGCAAGUCUAUUUCAUCAAAUUAAAGUGGAAGGACGCUCAACAGAUGCUUUAUUUACUGUCCCCAAGCAAUACACCAAUCUUUCAUAUUUAAGUACCGGCGCUCAGGGAAUUGUUGUUAAAGCUUAUGAUACGAUUGCGCAAGAACAAGUUGCAAUCAAAAAAAUCAUUCAUCCAUUUCUGACAACAAUGACCGCUCGUCGAACAUAUCGAGAAUUUGUUUUGCUCACAACAAUGAAACAUCCAAAUAUAAUACUGCUUAAAAAUGCUUUUACGCCGCAUAAAUCAUUGGAAGAUUUCGAUGAUAUUUAUGUAGUAAUGGAAUUAAUGAAUUAUAAUUUAUCACAAGUGAUUAAGCAACUAAAAUUGGAUAACAAAAAUCUUUCAUAUUUUACGUAUCAGAUGAUUGUUGCAAUUAAAUAUAUGCAUCGUAGUGGAAUUAUUCAUCGGGAUUUGAAGCCAAGUAAUAUAGUAGUAAAUGAUAAAUGCAUUUUGAAAAUACUUGAUUUUGGAUUAGCAAGAAAAAUUGAAACAGGUGAACGUAUGACUGUUUAUGUUGUUACACGUUAUUAUCGUGCACCAGAAGUAAUACUUGGUCUUCCAUAUGAUGAAAAAGUUGAUGUUUGGGCAAUUGGAUGCAUAUUAGCUGAAAUGAUAAAUAGAAAAACUUUAUUCCCGGGCACUGAUCAACUUGAUCAAUGGAACAAAAUUAUUAAAAUUUUGGGAUCACCGAGCCAAGAAUUUAUUAAUAAAUUAGAACAUCAUACGAGAAAUUUUGUAAAAAGUAAGGGACACAAUGAUCCAUUACCGUUUGAAGAAAUUUUUCCAGAUGAAUGCUUUGUUGGAAAUUAUUCCAAAGCGCCACAACUUUGUGCUUCCGUUGCACGUGAUUUGUUAUUCAAAAUGCUCCAAAUUGAUCCUGAAAAACGGAUAAGUAUUGAUGAAGCAGUACGUCAUCCAUAUGUAAAUUUAUGGUUUCGAGACGAGGAAUGGAAUGUACCACUUCCAGAAAAUCGUUAUGAUGCAAAUAAUGACCUUAUCGAUUUACCAAUAAGUUCAUGGAAAGAACUUUUAUUCAAAGAAGUGAAACGAUGUGAGGAAGAACAUUCAUCAAAAAAUACAAAUUCCGACAUAAUUAAUAAUUCUAAAUGA